AUGUCGGCCGAGAAUCUCGACACCCCCAUCUCCUACGAGCAGCUCGAGGACCUCGAGGAUGACUUUGAGGAGGUAGAGCUGGAGCUGCUCCGCCAGCAGGCCAAGCUCACAAAGGACCUCUACGCCAAGCGCGAGAAGCUCGUCGCCGACAUCCCGCACUUCUGGCCCCUCGUCUUCGAGCAGUCGCCCCCCGACAUUGACGAGUACAUCCAGCCCUCGGACGCGGCCCUGCUCCUCGGCUCCCUCCAGUCGCUCUCCGUCGAACGCUUCGAGCUGCCGGCCGGCGACCCGCGCAGCAUCGCCAUCAAGUUUGAGUUUUCCGAAAACGACCACUUUGAGAAUACGACGCUCGAGAAGCGCUUCUCGUGGCGCCGCGCAAAGGACGGCUGGGAGGGCCUCGUCAGCGAGCCCGUCGACAUCAAGUGGAAGGCCGACAAGGACCUGACGGGCGGCAUGCUGGGCCUCGCCCGCAAGGUCUGGGAGGAGGAAAAGGCCGGCAAGACGGGCGAGACCGAGGCCAAGAAGAAGCUCAAGGAGCAGAUGGACGGCACCGGCCUCGGCGGCAUGAGCUUCUUUGCCUGGUUCGGCUUCCGCGGCCGCGACGUCUCGGCCGACGAGGACCGCGAGGCCUACAAGGUGCAGCAGGAGCGGCGCCAGGCCCGCAAGGAGGGCAAGGAGGUCGAGAUCGAGGAUGAGGACGGCGACGACGACGACGACGACGAGGAGUACGAGUUCGAGAUCUUCCCCACCGCCGACGACCUGGCCGUUGCCAUUGCCGAGGACCUGUGGCCCGGUGCCGUCAAGUACUUUAUCCAAGCCCAGGAGCAGGACGCCAUGAGCGACAUGGACUUCGAGUCGGACGAGGACGAGGACAUGGACGACGCCGGGGGCGAGAAGCAGAAGGAGAAGAUGUAA